CCUUGGUCAUCAUGCCUCAUGAUGAAGAAGGCGCGAAAUGGUCAUGGUAUGGUGCCCUUUGGGUUUGAGGUCAUAUCCCCCAGUCCGACUGACAUUGCCCCAGCGAACCGUGCAUCCGUGGCCAUCGCUCGUCAAAAUGCCAGCACUUUGACAGACUGAUGAUGAAAGUUCCCAAAGCUGGACGUCCACUGGCAAAAUGCCCUCAUCCAAAGGGGACGUGCAGUUGCCAGAAGCUUUAUGCGUUCAUGAUCCGUAUUCCCAAAGGGUCAACUUGUCUAUGUAGACCUGUGUAUCAGGUUCCUGUGGAUGGAAACCAGUCCCCCUCCACCACUACACCGCCGGCCCUCACUGCUCCAACGCCCUCGUCUACACCCGGCAAGAUCCAGAAACCCAGCAAACGACAGAUCAAAGCCCCAUCCGAGAACCUCGUCAAAGCCUUGGACGCAAUCCCGCACUUUGGAAAUUACUCCGCGGAGAAUGGCGCCUCACACCAACCUCCAUACCUGCAGGACCCGGGGUCUGGCCCGUCGCAUGACAAACUUGAACAGAGCGUCACAGCGCCCAGUACAUUCAUGCCGCAGAACCAAACGUUGGGCACUGCCGAGAGCUCGGCCCCGAAAGGCGGCGGUUCCUGUUGUUCUUCUCGCACCCCCAAACCACCUACGCAGACCUCUACCCCGGGUUCGGCCUCAGGCUCCGGCUCCGGCUCCGGCUCGGCUUCAGGCUCGGGUUCGGGUGGUUCCUGUUGCAAAAAGCCGGAGCCACAGAUCAAGGUGGAUUCUGGAAGUGAUGGAAUCGCCAGCUCAUAUUAUGCCACCGACAACUCGCCCUACCCCGCUGUAUCACACACUCCCGUGUCAAGUUGGGAGGAUUUCAAAGCCAUUGACACCACCUCUUUCAUGCCGCCUUUUUCGAUCCCCCACACCCCGGCGGAUCCCUUAAAUUACGUGGCGGGCUAUAUGUCCCACCCCCCGGCGGGGCCGUCAUUCGGCUUCCAUGACCCGAAUAUGCCUAGCAGCAAUGGGUUUGACCAUUCCACAACGCCACAGGCCGUUCCCGACUCAGCAGCGAGCUUUACGCAGACAGUCCCAGCCGCCUUUGAUGGAUCACCGAAACAUACCUGUGAUUGUGGAGAUGAAUGUCAGUGUCUAGGCUGUGCGACUCAUCCUUUCAACAACACCACCAAAGAGCAUGUGCGCGAAAUGGGUCUCAUGGUUGCCCUGGACGGCACACCCCGGAAUGCGAAUGGUCUCGACGCUUACCCCAAUGUGCCAUUGCCUAUGAAACAACAGGACUCUCCGUCCGAGGAGUAUCUGUAUGGGGACUUUGGUCAGCAAAUCAACAUGACUCCCUACAGUGAGCAGGUCCCAGCCUCAAGCGACCCCACCAACGGCUUCUCGUCCCCUCCCACCGACUUUUCCCAGCAAAUGAUGCACACUUCCGAAUACUACACGCUCGAGUAUCCGGUCCGAUUCCAGCCGGCCUGCUCGGACGUGACAGGGAGCUGCCAAUGUGGAAGCGACUGCCAGUGUGUAGGCUGCCUCACCCAUAACGGCCACAACGGGAUAGCUCUGGAGCCACCUCCGCCAGAAAACCACGGGUUGGGUAUAAGCCAACCUGCCAUGUCCUCUACGUGUGGACCAGAGCUCGACACAUCUGGAUUGCCGCAUCUCAAUCAUCCAUCCGAGACCCCUUCAUCAUCGUCUAUGUUAUGAGACCUCGGUAUCCAUUCUAUCUGUCCUCCCACUCCAGUGUGGGGUCUUCCUUUUCCGUUUUUUUCCCGCUCCGAUAUCCCUACUCGACCUUAGCUUUGUAUUUCGGACGACUGAUGAUCAUGAUACCCUUGUCGAUAGACUUUGGAUCCUGCUAAAGUUUACUCACUUUGUCCUUUUGCGCUUCUCCACUUCUUUGUAUCGAUUACCAUGUUUGUGUGAUCUCCUCUAGGUGUUUCGAUUCUUUCUAUAUUUUACUAUUUUCACUAUUAUUAUCAUUCCAUUUUACACGCCCAUCCUGUCAAAGGGCCUACGUGUAUGCCCUAGUCGGCCAAUUGGUCCUACUCGCCCGCCGUUUCUGUUUCUG